AUGCUGACGGGGGAGCGCAGCGUUGUGGUUCUGCAGCAGCAACACCACACCCCGGCACCGAUUGUUCCAGUGCGUCAAUUAACCACUACCUCGCACAGCGGGGGCUCUAGACUGUCGCUGUCCCAGUCCACCCCCAUGUCCUCUGCGGGCUCUCGACUGUGCCGCAAUGAGGGCUACUCUAACGCGAGUGUUUCCUCGCGGGAAUCCUCCUGGCAGCAGUAUGUCAAACAAUUCGCCAAACUUGGACCGUGCCCGAUCUGCGGGGACAAGAUUUCUGGCUAUCACUACGGCAUCUUUUGUUGUGAAUCCUGCAAGGGUUUCUUCAAACGCACUGUUCAGAAUGCCAAACGCUACGCCUGUCACAUGGCCACACCUUCUUCGCUCUGCGAGAUUACGGCCGCCUCGAGGAAAAAGUGUCCGGCUUGUCGCUUCGUCAAAUGUCUAGAGAAGGGAAUGCGGAUGGAAGGUUAG